CCGGUGGCUGGAAUGGGAUUAAGGAUUUGACCGGAGGAUGGCAGCUUGUGACAGGGAGAUUGUUUAUCACAACAAGGACAGCUCACAGGACAAGGAAACAAAAGAAUAAUUACCGGGUGUGGUGGUCUUUUUAGAAGCUAGCAUCACCUCCUCCCUACCAAAAUUGUUAUUAGAAAUCUAUAAGGUAAAAAAUGUUCAAUCGGAUUGCCGUUGAUGUACCCUCUGCCGCUGUUUUCUCCUGAAUAGCCCCCCCCCAACUUGGCACAUCCUAACAUGCAUGACUGAUUCCUAUAACUGUAAUGCAUAGUGAAGAUAUUGAUGAGUGGGAUGAUGCUGCCCUCAUUAAAUCCUAUGAAAAGGCAGUACAAUCCUUCCAGGACAUGCUAAGAUGCAGUGACAAGAAUAGGAGACAAGAGGGGGCCUCUGCUGCAGUGGACUCCCAGAAAGAUGGCAAGCGGGAAACAAAUCGGGAAGCAGAAUGGGACAGAGAGGGCCACAAGGACAUACAAAAAGAAGAGGUCGAAAAGUGGAACAAGAAGAAGAAGGCACAACCACCCCCUCCUCUCAUUCAUCCUUCCUGCCUUUCAUCCUCUCGGCCCCUUCAUUCUAAAUGGAAAGUAGGGGAUGCCUGCAGUGCUGUAUGGUCAGAGGAUGGAUGUGUAUAUCCAGCAACAGUUUUAUCCAUUGAACGAGAGACUGGGACAUGUGUGGUACAGUAUAAUGGCUAUGGAAACACAGAAAGACACCAGCUGGAUGAAAUAGUAUCAGUGGGGAGUAGUGGGGAUAGUACUCCCCCUGUAAGACUGUGGAAAGUUGGUGAUCGUUGUUCAGUGCAAUGGUCUGAGGAUGGACAGAUCUAUUCUGCUAUAAUUCGCUCAGUGGAUGAGGUGGUGGGCACCUGUGUGGUGGUGUAUGAGGGGUAUAAGAAUGAGGAGGAGCAGAAUUUGGCUGACCUGAUGCCCCCAACCAAUGCUCUCCCUCGCAGUCGCGGCAAGAAGCAGGCGAGUCCUGCACGUCUAGGACGGGACAGCUCAGGGGAUGAGGAGGACACUGAUUGGCAGUAUACACGCAGAAGUUCCAUCUCAUCCCCUGAUAUUUCACGUAAUUGGAGGAAACAAGGAAAAAAAUCAGACUGGAUAUAUACCUUCCCUCCUCCCCCACCACCACCGCCUCCUCCACCACCUCCUUCACUACCUCCUCCUCCACCCCCAAAGGGUUGUUUUUGGCCCCCACCUCCUCCUCCUGUGAGGGCCCAUCUACCAACAUGGCAAAGCUGGCCUCCGUCGGCACCAUUACCCCCUCCUCCUCCGCCACCUCCUUUCUUUAGCACAGAAUGGGAGGAUUAUGAUGAAGAUGAGCAAGAAGAUGAAGAUGUUUUAGCUUGUAUGCUAAUGGCUUGGUAUAUGACUGGAUAUCACACCGGCUUCUACAAGGGCCUCAAACAAGGAAGGGCAGAGGCCUUGAGACCCAACAUAAAAAAAGGACCAAGGAGAAAAUAGACCACAAUGAUGAGGACUGCAGAAUUAUCUCUCCCAUGGAGAAUGCCAGACAGACAGACUUUUCCAGGAUCCUUCCUGCAUACUGGCAGCCUUUCCUUCCCAACUUCAUUCUUGUGGAUGCCAUCAAACCAAAAUCAGAGAUCUGCAAAGUGUGAUAAUAAAACUGAGCUUGUUUACAUCCCUUUAUGUGUGUAUUUCUUAUUAUUAUGAUAUUGACAGUAUACUCCUAAAUAAAGUGCUGUAUAACGUU